AUGAAGGCUCUCUACAGGGUAAAGUUCACAGAAGUUCCAGGCGUCCUGCUAGAGUCAGUUGUGCAUUCGCUCCCUGACUAUGCACCACACGGUAUCCAUGGAAUGCUCUUGGAGGCAUUUGCAGUUAUUCAAAGAAGCAGCCACUUCCCCGAACCAGCAGUGGGUACAGACGUGAUAAAAGUUUUGGAGGAUAGGCGAGCUGGUGCGUGGUUGCUCUUCCAAAGCUAUACGAGGGAACUUUGUAGCCUCACCAAGCCCCCCCUAGGCUUGAACUUGGGCGAAUUCUGCCAGCAGAGCCUCCCCUGUGGCCAUCAAAUAUCACUACAGUUUGAAGAUGUGACCUUCACUGCCGGAGUUUCCUGCAACAGGCGUUUUGUGGACGCUGUCCUUGCGCUAGGCUUGCAAAUUGAGGACAGCUUCGCCUUCGGUGGUGAGACAAAUCAUCUUCGUGAUGUCACAGAGUGCUUCCUCCGAAGCACAAGCUGUCGUGAGACUCCGCGCGGUAUCGAAGUGCAUUCCUGGAUGAACAAGCCAUGGCCAAGCCAUCCACCAUACUUUGCAAUUGGCUUCAGCGAUCGGGGGUUGCAGAGAGAGACCGACGAAGACAUACGAUGCUUCGAUAACUUUCGAGACGCGUUGGCAUUCAUGGCAGAAAGUGCACACAGGGAUCAGGAGGUUGACCUGCACUUUAGUCGUGUCCUGCUUCGAGGGCUCCUGCGACAAAGCGACUGUACCUUUGAAAGGAGUUUUCGGGCAUCCGGUUAUGGUGAGGCUGCUCAGAUUAGCACAGGUUUGAACCUGAGAUUUCCAGACGCUGGCUUCAAAUGUUGCAUGUGGUUGUCAAUCGAAAACUUGCCGAGCCUGAAUACGAGCUUGUGGGAUGCUGAGCAGUUUAUUUCGAGGGUGUUUGGGUACCGGUACCGGCCUACAGAAGACGGAGUUUCUGUCAAGGUUGAGGUACACAAACCCUCGUCCUCUUCCAUGCGUCCGUCAUUGCAGAUCACAGAUAUGCAGUUCGCAAGCUUUCCAGCACUUGUCGGUUACUUGGCAGAGAAUGGGCAUCCUCGCAUUUCAGUUGAGCUGUCCUUCAACAUGCGCCUGUGGCUUCAUCUUGCGAACCUGAGCUCCGAAACUCCCACCGUCAGCAAGGAACUUCGGAGGAGCUUCCUGCAUGCACCGGAGCCUGGCGACGUUCUUCUCUUCCCGGGUGCCCCGUUCAGGUGCCACAUGUGGCUGAGCCCGUGGCAGCUCGGUGCGGUGUUGCCCGAAAAUCUUCUGCAAAGCCUCGUCUAUGGAAUCGCAGAGCGGAUACGAGAAGAAGGCCUGGAAUCUUGCUGGAAUUCGUUUUCUUUCGCGGACCAGGUCCUCUUCGGCAUCAUGGCAAGCCCACUCGUAUUAUUCGGUUUCCUCAUGUUCGUUUGUAUUUUCUCGAGCCUGUAG